GGAGCUGCACUUCUUGGGUUUUUUAAAGUUUCAUUGGAGGUUGGUAAACAGCAAAACGGCGCAUUAGCGCCAUCAGCUGGUAUGGGGAUGAUCCAGCAUGUUCAAAACCAGCAACACUAAAUCUCAGCUGCUGACAAGCGUCCAUGGCUGCAGAGCUCCGUUUGCAGCAGCUCACUGAGAUCUGGCCAGUGUUGGCCAAGUUACUUGAAAAAAGUAAUGAGAUUACAGUAACGCGUUACUGCCCAUCUCUGGAUCUGGCUGCCUCUUUGUCUUCUUGUGGUUUUGGGUCACUUCAGUGACGCCUGUCCUUCGCUCAUGGGUCACAGGGCCCUGAAUGAAAACUGUGCUGCUCCCUCCCGUGCGUCUCAUUUCUCUGUGUUUGCUGGAUUUUCUGAAACCAUUGUCCUUUCCUUUCUUGCUCCUUUCGUUAGAGUUUGUGCUCUGAUGUCUGAGCUGCAAACUGACCCGUGGUCUUGUAUCGUCGUCCGGCUGCAGAGCUCAAAGAGCCCAUUGCUGAUCCUUUUCCCUAAUCUGACAUGAAACUGGGACAAUAAACGCUGUGUGUGAGGCAGUACAGAUGUGGACAGAACUGUAACACUGGUCCAUGUCUGUGUGACUGUGUGCCGAUGUAGAAAAGAAGCAGUAAUGGAAGAUACACCCCACGGCAGUGCUGCUGUCUGGGCGACUGUCCACUCACAGCUCUGUGCUUCUCCUCGUUUUCACAGGUUUCUGUAGUUUGAUGUCAUAACCAAGGAUUUCAUCUUUUCAUUCUGUCCUUUUACAGCUGUUCACUGUUACACACAAAUCAUGAAAGCAGCCCACCGACAACCCGUGCUACAGCUCGUGUCACUGCCCCCUGAUAUCAGCAUCACCCGUGGAUGCAUGGUUUCCACUCCACGGUGCUUCUCGUGCUGUUGUGAACACUGGUCCGUGACUGCAGCGUGGGCUGGGCUGGCUGUGUGCUCUCGUGCAGCAGCGCGGGGAGUCCUCUCAGCUCUGGCUGUGGUGAGCGCUCACAGGCAGUACCGCCCCUGACCGCAGGGGGCGCUGUGUGCUGAUCGCCGGGGUUCCUUCUGGAAAAGCUCCGUCGACGUUAAAGCUUCCGAAGAGCGUCCGUCCUGUGAGCCGAGGUGCAGGUGGUGGUCCCGGGUUAUGCAUGUCAGAUAGCAGCAGUAACAACGCACAGGCUCCGCCUUCUGUGAGAGGGCCGAAGGUCUGAAGAUGUCUGCCGCCGUGGACUUCCACUCUCAGAUCGCCUCCAUCAUGGAGGUGCUGGCUAACGCGGCCGUGGCGGAAAUCUGUAAAGUUGUGGACGAUGGAUACGCGGUGGUUCACCUGGAGAUGUCCCGGAGCCAGAAGGAGAACGAGUUCCUGAGGAGGAAAAUCAAGCUGCUGGAGCUGCAGAUCGCCCGGUACCGAGCGGAGAGGGUGAGGGGGGCAGAGGGCUCCAUCAGCAGCCGCUUUCCCGGGGUUCGCCUCUUCAGCCGGCAGAGCAGGGACUCGCAGGCGGGCCCCUCUCUGCAGGGCAGGACCAGGUUUCUGAACCGAGGGCCAGGAGCUCAUCAGUCUGUGCAGAAGAUCCAGCUCGUCAGUCUGGACCAGGAUCCUGAUCAGGAGGUUGUGACCACCACCAAAGCCGAGUCAGCAGAGCCUGAGGGGGAGGGCGAGCUGCUGAUCGUCAAGGUGGAGGGAGCAGUGGACGCUGGGUCUGUUGACCACAAGCUGCCGAGACGAGAUGCUGCCUCCACCACUGCUACGUCACUCGGCGUCAGCGACGGCCAGACAUCCAGAAACCUGAGGGGAAAAGAGGUCAGUGGAUCCAGCGUCGUCGGCUUUGUUGACGGUGGGACGGCUGAGAUUGAGGGCGGCGACACUUUUCACAGUUCCCAGCCGCAGCAGACCGGAGCAGGGGACCGUCGGCCUUCGAGUAAAGGUGCUGACACCGGGCUGGGUACAGCUUCCUGUGAGGACAACAGCAAAGAUAACCAGGCGGCAUUGGAGCCCUCCAAGUACCCGCUGCCAGAAGUGAUCGUCAUUGAUAGGGGAGGGGCAUCGGACAAGGAGACCGCAGGGGAGGGGGGUGACUCGUCAGAUGCAGUCCAGACAACCAGAGUACAGAUCAGAGGACGAGACGGACACAAGGACGCGAUAUCAUCCCAGACUCGGUCCUCGGGUCUGUGCUCAGCCGGAGACGGGUCUGUGCUUCCUCACGAUGACCCUCCAGGAACCUCCAGCAUCAACUCCUCCAGUGACACGCACCUCCUGACUUUACACCACCCUGCGGUCCAACACAAAGCCCUCCCUCUGUCCUUCUACCAGGCCGUCACAAUGGAGCGUCCGUACGGCUGCACCAUCUGCACCAAACGCUUCUUCAUGGAGUCGGACCUGCAGAAGCACAUGGCCAGGCACACCAGGGAGAAACCCUACACCUGCCUGCUGUGUGGCAAAAGCUUCGUAUGCCAGAGCCAGCUGGAUAUCCACCGCAACGUGCACACCGGGGAGAGACCUUUCAGCUGCUCCGUCUGCAACCGGCGCUUCUCCCACCCCAGCAACCUCAAGAGGCAUCAGAAGAUCCAGCACUGAACCCAAAGACGAACUCUCCACAGCCCGCUGCACCACAGCUUCUCCCCCAGAGGCAGGCUUAUACACUACUAACCUUCCUCAGCCUUAACUUCAUGAAACAGGACUGGAUGGUGGGAAUGUUAAACCAGAAUAUUAUCACAUGAGCUGCUGUCACGUCACCCACACAGUCCUCUGCAGCGUGGGAAUCUGAAUCUGUGUGUGCACACCUGCAGCACACAAAGGACACACACUGUUGUUGAUGAGGGACAGGAUGCAGUAUGUGAGUGUGUAAGGAUGAGUAUGGAACAGCAGUGCACGCACACACACACACACACACACACACACACACACACACACACACACACACACACACACACACACAGAGGCGUUUCCAUGGAAGUAUCCAAUCAGACCAUGAACACUGUGAAUGAGCUUGUAACUCCUGAACUGUGAGCAGCAUGAAUCAGCUGGCACAUGGCAGACAUCAGCACCUCUGAUCUUUGCAUAGUAGACGAGAUGCUGACACGUCGUCAUCAUCAUCAUCAUCAUCACCUCUAGUCCUUUAUGAGCUCCUUGCAGACGCCCGUACAUCAGAAAUGAUGUCACAACUGUUGGUGUGUGGUGCACUUGUUGCCGUUAGUUUGCUGCACCUCUGUCUUUUGUAACCUGCUUCCUGUGUGUGUGUAUUUACAUGAAGUCUAAUCAGUUUAACACAAAUGUUCUGCAAAAAGCACCAAAGCAACAUGAGCGUCAGCUGGGGACGGGCACAGACUGAGUGAUUAACUCCAUCACUGAGACCUCCUGUAUGUUCUCGCUGCCUCUGCUGUGAGAGGCUGCACCGUUUCUGAGCAGCACAUCAGAGACGUCACAUCAUGCAGAUUCAUUGCACGCUGUCUGGUCAAAUGUUUGUCAUGCUGGAGGUGUUUCAGUGUCCCACACACCAACACAAAUCCCAGUGAGGACACAUGUGAUGUUUGUCUUAGUGUUUAGGUCUGAGCACUUGAUCGUCUCAGGUAGAAACGGAGGCUGACUGCUCGUCACUUUGUUACCUGAUGAAGGCUCUGGCUGCUGGUCUGGGGUCAGCACACACUCUGCUGUAGCAUCACUCUGGGCUCUUAGCUUAGCGUUAGCAUGCUGCCUGUGGUGUUGGCUGUCUGCAUCAUGCUGACACUCAGACACAGGAUGCUGGCAGUGGCUGCGCUCAUCAUCCUGGUGCCUCUACACUGAUGAAAGAACUAGAAACGUUUCUGUGCUCAUAAAAACACGGCCACGUCUGAUAAGCAGGUCAGUUUCAGAUCCAGCAAUCAACCAAGAACCAUCAUAGCUGCUGCUGAGCACCUGUAUGGACAUCAGACUGACUGAAUUCAGACACAUUAAGUGUACAAAGGCACAGCUGCUGUCUUUAGCAGCAGAGGCUGACUUGCUAACCCAGCUGCUUUCUUCUUUUGACUGAUGAAAGUUUCUGUGAACUCGUCGAGACUUCAUAUAUAAACCUCCCCCACCUUUAAAUCUAUCUUCACGCCUCAUGGCUGUCCUGGUGAGCUUCGUCCCCAUUAAUCUGCAGCGUUGACUUUAAUAUCAGAUUAUUAGUCCACACCAGGUUAACGGGAGCUCCUGACACGCCCCCUGUGUGUAACGGGCUGUGUGAGUUGAUGGCUGCAAAGAAGCCUUCGUUUGGUUUCCUUCAUUUCUUUCAUUUGGGAUAUGAGCCAAAGUCAUGACAUCAUCACGAACAUCUCCCUGUUAACGUACAAACUUCGCUUCACCUUUGAAAUGAAUUCAUGAAAUCUGAGCUAUGAGUUCAACAAAGAAGGGAGAAACAUUGUCACUGCUUUGUACUCGUGAAUAUAGUGACAUGUAAAUUUGCUAAUAAAUUGUAUUUUCAAACA